GAUGACGACAUAUGAAGUUGUGAUGAAGAUGGCCGCCGUGACUGCAGAGCUGGUGUUCAGAGACGGACAGAAAGAGAAUAUCAGCGUCAAAGUAGAAAACAAUCUUAAGUCUCUCAUCGGCGGAAUUCACGAGCUGAACACGAACGUCUCGCGACUCCUCACAGAGCUGGUGGAGCAGGAGAAAUCCCACGGGGUCUGCGCAGAAGGUGAGCACUGUUGUUGACGGCUAACAUUAGCAGAUACAUGUGGAGUAUCCUGAACCUCCUCUGAUGCACCUGUUUUACCUGCUGCAGGUGAGGAGGACGACAGUGAUGAGGAAGACGAGGAGUCAGAGGAGCCCCAGAACUCUGACGAACAGCCUCCAGUGAAAAGAUCCAGGAGCUGACACACCUGAGCUCACCUGUGAAUGUGUAUGACCUGUGAUGUGAUCAGCCUGUACAGAUUAGUUGAGUUCGGCUGUACUUUAGUUUGUUUUUCAUCCGCUGGAAUGUUUUCUUAAUAAAAAAAAUAAUGGCCAAAAUAAACUCUCCUUAAGUCUAAACGUAUAAAAACUAUGAAAGAUUUUCCUCAGGAAAAAAAACAGUUACACCUUAAAAUAUGUAAAACUUUAUUAAUUUAAUGAUCUUCAUAAAGGUAACCAUGGUAACCAGUGUU